AUGGCAGAAGUUCAGGAUGGCCAUUAUGAUUCGACGUCACAGCCCACUGACAGCUUGCGUGUUGAGCCUAUAUAUGAGUCGUUCCUAUGCCCGCUUACCAAACAGGUUAUGCGGGAUCCUGUCUCUAUUGACAGUGGUGUUACGUUUGAACGCGAUGCCAUUUUGAAGUAUUUCAAUGAAUGUCUUAGCAGUGGGAGGAGGCUUGUCUGCCCUGUAACUAAGAUGGAGCUCAGCAACACUGAGUUAAAUCCAAGCAUAGCUCUGAGGAACACUAUUGAUGAAUGGAUGAAUCGCAAUGAGGCGGCCAAACUUGACGUCGCUCGUAAGUCAUUGACUUCUGAUAGCACGGAAAGUGAUAUCCUACAAGCACUCCAGUAUGUUGAUGAGAUAUGUCAGAGAAGUCGAUCCAGUAGGCAGGUUGUUAGAAGAGAUGGAUUGAUAAUCAUGAUUGCUGACUUGUUGAAGAAUAGCAGUACGAAAGUACGGCAAACGGCACUAGAGACUCUUAGCUCCAUUGCAAAAGAUGACAAUGACAAUAAGGUUGAGAUUGCUGCUGGAGACAAUAUUCGCACAAUUGUAAAGUUCUUAAAUCAUGGGCAGACUCAGGAAAAGGAACAAGCUGUGUCUCUGUUGUUUGAACUUUCAGAAAAUAAGGCUCUUUCAGAAAGAAUUGGCAGUGUUUCUGGAUCUAUUCUUAUACUUGUUGGCUUGUCAAGCAGUAAAGUAGAAAACUUUCUGAUUGUUGACAGGGCUGAGAAGACAUUGGAAAAUUUAGAGAGCUGUGAAAAGAAUGUUAGACAGAUGGCUGAAAAUGGUAGAUUGCAACCCCUUCUGAGGCUGCUUCUUGAAGGUUCACCUGACAUGCAAUUAUCUAUGGCUGCAUACCUUGGAGAGCUUGUUUUAAGCAACGACGUUAAGGUACUUGUGGCACAAAAGGCUGGCUCCACACUAGUCAAUAUCAUGAAAAAAGGGAAUAGAGAGGCCAGAGAAGCAGCUUUGAAGGCAUUGAACCAAAUUUCAUCUUAUGAUGCUAGUGCAAAGAUAUUAAUUGAAGCAGGUAUUCUUCCGCCUCUAAUCACAGACCUCUUUACUGUUGGCAGUAAUCAGCUUCCAAUGAGAUUGAAGGAGGUCUCAGCGACCAUUCUUGCAAAUGUUGUGGCAUCGGGUGCACGUUUUGAGUCCAUUCCACUUGAUCAUAAUAGGCAGACCUUAGUGUCUGAAGACAUUGUUCACAAUCUGCUUCAUCUCAUAAGCAACACUGGACCUGCAAUUGAGUGUAAGUUGCUCCAGGUGCUCGUUGGUCUAACUGAUUCUUCGACAUCUGUACAAAAUAUAGUUGAUGCUAUCAAAAGUUCAGGUGCUAUUGUCAGUUUAAUUCAGUUUGUUGAAGCACCACAAAGGGAAGUACGCAUGAAUUCCAUCAAGCUCCUGAAUAACAUAUCACCUUAUAUGGGUCAAGAACUUGCUGAUGCUUUUCGUGGAAACUUUAGUCAACUCAGCAGCUUGGUCAAGGUUAUUGUUGAUAACAAUGGUAUUUCUGAAGAGCAAGCAGCUGCUGCUGGCCUUGUAGCUGACCUUCCCAUGCGGGACUCAGUCCUCACCAGACGUCUUCUUCAAGAUGGGGCAUUUGCAACAAUCAUUAAAAAAGUUACAAGAAUCCGACAAGGGGAGAUUCGUGGGGGGCGUUUUGUUAACCCAUUCCUCGAAGGUCUAGUUAGAAUAGUCUCCCGGAUCACAUUUGUCUUGGAUGAUGAUCCAGAUAUCAUUGCUGUUGCUCGUGAUUACAAUCUUACUUCACUCUUCACUGAUCUGCUUCAGAUGAAUGGGCUUGACAUUGUCCAGAUUGUCUCUGCUACUGCGCUAGAGAAACUCUCACAGCAGUCAAAACAUCUUACGAAGAUACUGCCUGCUCCCAGCCCAGGGUUGUGCUUUUCAAUAUUUCCAUGCCUCAGCCAGAAGACUGUAGCAACUGGGGUUUGUAGAGUUCACUGUGGGAUCUGUUCUGCAAGGGAGAGCUUCUGUCUCUUGGAGGGGAAGGCAGUGGAGAAGUUAGUUGCUUGCUUGGAUAAUAAUAAUGAGAAAGUAGUCGAAGCUGCUCUAGCAGCACUAUCCACUUUACUGGAGGAUGGAGUGGACAUUGACCAAGGUGUCAUGGUGCUGUGUGAUGCAGAAGGAAUCAACCCGAUACUUGAGGUAUUGUGUGAGAACAGAAAUGAGGCACUGCGCCAGAGAGCGGUGUGGGCAGUGGAGAGAAUCCUGAGGAUGGACGAAAUAGCAUAUGAGAUAUCAGGAAACCAAAAUGUUGGUACAGCCUUGGUGGAGGCCUUCAGGCAUGGUGACUAUAGGACAAGACAAGUUGCAGAGCGAGCAUUGAAGCAUGUAGAUAAGCUGCCCAAUUUCUCUGGGAUAUUUUCUAAGAUGGGAGCACAAUGA